AGGAAGUUCCCAUGCUUCACUUCACUCUUCACUUCCUGCAUUACCGCGAUAGUCAUAAUGGUCGUCCUGAAGGGAAUCCCGUCAGUUUUAUCCCCUGAUCUGCUGUAUGUUCUCGCUAAAAUGGGACACGGGGAUGAACUGGUGCUUGCAGAUGCCAAUUUUCCUGCAUCUUCUGUUUGUGCUUGUGGUCCAAAAGAAAUAAGAGCUGAUGGUUUGAAAAUCCCACAACUUUUGGAGGCUAUUUUAAAGUUGUUGCCACUUGAUACGUAUGUCCCCUGUCCGGCUGCCGUCAUGGAUCUGGUGGACACUGACAAACAAAAAGGUUUAUCUGUACCUGUGUGGGAGAUCUACUCCAAUCUCCUGAGCCAGGCAGGCUCUAAGAGUCCUCUAGAGAAGGUGGAAAGAUUUGCCUUUUAUGAGCGUGCCAAAAAGUCAUAUGCCGUUGUGGCUACGGGGGAAACGGCUCUCUAUGGGAACCUGAUCCUGAAAAAAGGAGUCAUUCCUGCUGAGUCUCUAGAGUGACAAACAACUUUGUUAUUUUAGAGAAAAUAUUUUUGUUGAUUUAAAAAAGUUUAGUUUAGUUUCUGAUUUCUGUUGCCCGCAAUAAAUUCAGAAAUUACAGUCA